AGCGAAAUCUGGGCGGAACAAAGCGACGAGAGUAAAAAAUUAAUGACCAUAAAAAUAUAAUAACUUGUUUUAAAGUUUCUAAACUGAUUCAUUUCUCAGUUAAUAUCCGCAAUUAUAAAUCGAUCGACAAAAACGACGUGUCAUUAAUAGGCGAUAACCCAGGCUUAAUGCUGAACGCUGGUUCGGCAUUCUAAUCCCCAGACAUUAAAAUAUUACGUAACGUAAUUUGCUAACUUUCUCUUUGCGACCAGUUCGUUAAAUGACGGCAGUGUUCUUUAACAGUACGUGGAAACCAAUACUCAGUUGUGUAGUUAAAUAUUCGACUAAGCGUACUAGAAAAAUGCCAAGCCUAUUAACUAAAGAAGAUAGAGAGGAGUUACUCCAGCCAUUAUUCUCUAAUCAAUGGUCAUUAGUAAAAGACAGAGAUGCUAUUUACAAAGAAUUUUUAUUCUCUGACUUUAUUCAAGCAUUUGGGUUCAUGACUCAAGUAGCAUUAAAAAGUGAAAAAAUGAAUCAUCAUCCUGAAUGGUUUAAUGUGUACAAUAAAGUACAAGUUACAUUAUCCACACAUGACGUAAGUGGUUUGUCGUCAAACGAUGUUAAACUUGCCACAUUUUUGGACAAAACAGAAAAAACCAUUAAAGCAUCUUUAUAAUUUAUGGAUGUAAUUUCUAAAUAAAUAAAUUUUUAGAAGAAAAAAUACAAAA